CCCGCUACCGAGUUUCGUGACCCCUCCUGAGGUCGCUGGAGGCCGGGCUAGGCAGGUGCUUUCAAAAGGCGGCCCGGCCACUUGUGCAUCUACAGCGCUUACUCUGCACCCGGCUCUACCCGGAGAGCGUGCUGGAGACAGCGGGGUAGUGGUGUCCGGAUAGGGACAGCUCUAGACCGGCCACAGCACCCCUGUGCUUCAGUGGCAAGCUCAGCGCCAGGCUUCACAGUGCUGCUCUCGCUUUAGUACCAAGCGUCCAGAAACCAGAGGGUUAGAAACACUUCGCUCUGAGAGCAGAGGCAAGGGUUACGGCCUGUCCUUCUGAUGAGACGAGAAGGGAAGGAUGGACUACACGCACCAAACUGCCCUGGUCCCGUGCGGACAGGAUAAAUACAUGUCCAAGAACGAACUUCUCCUCCAUCUGAAGACCUACAACCUGUACUAUGAAGGCCAGAACCUGCAGCUCCGACAUCGAGAGGAGGAAGACGAGUUCAUUGUGGAGGGGCUGCUGAACAUCUCCUGGGGGCUGCGCAGGCCCAUUCGACUCCAGAUGCAGGAUGACCACGAACGCAUCCGUCCGCCUCCAUCCUCCUCCUCCUGGCACUCUGGCUGUAACCUGGGCGCGCAGGGCACCACCCUGAAGCCCCUCACGAUGCCCACCGUUCAGAUUUCAGAAGUGGACGCGCCCACUGACACCAGCGAGACACCCAGCCCCACAGACCCCAGGGGCCUGAAGCCUGUGCAGGAGGACACCCCACAGUUGAUGCGCACACGCAGCGAUGUUGGGGUGCGUCGCCGUGGCAAUGUGAGGACAUCCAGUGACCAGCGGCGAAUCAGACGCCAUCGCUUCUCUAUCAAUGGCCAUUUCUACAACCACAAGACAUCAGUUUUCACACCAGCUUAUGGCUCUGUCACCAACGUCCGCAUCAACAGCACCAUGACUACCCCCCAGGUCCUGAAGCUGCUGCUCAACAAGUUUAAGAUUGAGAACUCAGCAGAGGAGUUUGCUCUGUAUGUGGUUCAUACCAGUGGUGAGAAGCAGAAGCUGAAGAACUCCGACUACCCCUUGAUCGCCCGCAUCCUCCAGGGCCCCUGUGAACAGGUCUCCAAGGUCUUCCUGAUGGAGAAGGACCAGGUGGAGGAGGUCACCUAUGAUGUGGCCCAGUACAUCAAGUUUGAGAUGCCAGUCCUUAAAAGCUUCAUCCAGAAACUCCAGGAGGAAGAAGACCGGGAGGUGGAGAAGCUGAUGCGGAAGUACACCGUGCUUCGGCUAAUGAUUCGGCAAAGGCUGGAGGAGAUAGCUGAGACCCCCGAGACUAUCUGAGCCACGGGAGCAAGGGGAAUCCAGAUACUCCACGGGCUGCCGCUGACCUGAGAAGACCUGUGGGAAGCUAGGCACCGGCCUUCCACACAGACCUCUGCAGCGCCCCCAGAAGCCAGCAUUGCUCCCUGGAGUAGGACACAGAAGAAAUGUUCCCUAUUCCUGGAUCCCUGUCCUUCUUUGUUUUAUUCUCUAAGGAGGCCCCACAAUGUGUGUGUUCACAUACCCUAGUGUGUGUGUGUUCACAUACCUGAGUGUGUGUAUGUGUGCGCCCACAUACCUGAGUGUAUGUGCGUGCUCACAUGCCUGAGUGUAUGUGUGUGCACACUUGUGUAUGUGUACGUGUACUUCUUAUGUCCGUGGUGCCUCCUUGAUGUUUUCACAUGCAAUUAAAUUCCAAGCAGCCAGCACAGGUGCCACGAGGUGGCAGACACUGCUCCGGGGCAGGAAGAACAGGAGAGGAGCUAAGGCUUUUGCCCCUUCUGGUGCCAACGGCAGUCACACAUACCUGCCCUAUUUGAAAGGGAAGAGGGUUCUGCAGGCUCACCAUUUGGAAUGGCUGAAGGCUUGUAGCAGAGACUCUCCCCGUUUGCCAAGAAGGAUGGGUGACUGCGAGAUCCUUGGAGGCCCCACGCCCUUGGGGCAAGUCCAGGGAAAUGGAGACAUGAGGUCACUGCGGGGCAGAUGCAAUGUGUCCGUGAGUUUUUGCACAGCAGAGGUUAUUGUUGGAGAUAGCACAAUGAAUGUCCUGUCCUGUGUGGAUACCUGGAGAGGGUGGACUGUGCCUCUGUUCUAGGCUUUGUGGAGGCUUCUGGGUGAUUCUGCCCUCUCAGUUGCCUCUCGAGUUCUUGGUGUCCUCCUUGGCUUGAAGAAAAGUCUUCUGAAAUGAAAGGAACUCCGGCCUGCUCACACGCGGGGCUGGGUGUGUUCUGGGACAAAUGACAUUCAGAAGGCGCUCACCGGUAGGACUGAAGGGACGGAUAAAGGCCACCUGCUGAAAUGAUGGGCCUUCAAGUCCCAGCGCACAGUCACAUCAGCGGGAGUCGUCCCCACAGGGAGCUGGGACUUUGCGUUUAAAGCGAACACAUUAUUCUUUCUGGCCUCUGCACACUUGCAAGCGUCUUCACCUUCUACACAGAGAUGGAUUCCAAGAAUGAAGACUUGUCCUGUUGUUGAUUAAAACAGGGGUUAAGGAAGCUCUUUGGGGAGGCCUGUGAAGUGUUGACAGCGGGGAUGGUGCUCACUUAGACUCUGAGAAGCCAUACUGCUGAUGUGUAGAAUCAGCCUCAUUGGUCAAAUGGGCAGGAAUAGCCCUGUACCCCCGCUGUUAGGGAAACGGUCAUGCAGCUGGCCACUGGUGUGGCUUGCACCGUUUGAGAUGGGAUAGAGAUGCUAGGAGCUUGGUGCUGGUCUGUGAACUGCUACCAGGCAAGAUGCGCAGCCCGUAACUCGGGCAUCCCUGAGCCUUGCUGCAACAGGAGUGCUCUUCUCUACCUGCUCCCAAGAAAGAUCUAGAAGCGCAGCACUUGAGGGUCUGCACCUUUUGAGGAAGGUAGACCUUGGCAGCAGACCUGUUCCUGUGUAGGUGUGCUGCUGUUCUCCACCCUCCCGAGACGGUCUCAUUGUGGGCUUUCAGAUGAUGGCUGUGGCCCGCCAUUUUGCUGGAUAUCACUUAGUAACCUAGCUCCUCUGCCGGGGCAGCACCAAACAUCCCACGGGCAGUGUGAUGGAAACCCAGAGGCCGGUAGUGUCACUCCUAUCUCCAGGGGACAUCAGCAAAGCACAAAACUACAAGCAGGGGAUGCCGCUUCCCUUGUAAUUGUAAACUUUGGUGGGCUUCGGUAAAACUCAGAAUUCAGCAGGCAGCCGGGGGUCCUUUACGACAGCUGAAGAGCAGCUUUGUGGGUGCAAAUAUUUGAGAAAAUGAUUUGGAUAAUUUCUCCCCCGCCUAUUUUUAUCUUGAAUGCUCAGAGAGUAUAUUGCCCCAUAAUUCUUCUUUGGGAAUUUGGGGGCCUUCCACGGAGCACUGACUCUUACUGGAAAGGGAUUUCUGGUUUGUGAAGGUUCUUUGUGAUCCUGUUAAUAUGUGACUGCUGCAGAGUGUCAGGUUGCCAGGCUCUCCAAGAAGAUGUUGCCAGGCUGUUGGCUUUUAAAAUGUGGGGUUCAGAAAGAGAGAUCGGGUACAUAUCCUGCAUGUCUACUAAUCCAUCUUGGUCCAUCCCCUAGAACCAUUUCUCACAUCUAAAUAACCGAUGGAGAAUUUUAGGAAGUUGGCUAGGGGGUGUGACUCAGUGGUAGAGCACUUCGUGUGUGAGACGCCAACUUGAAUCUCUAGUACCAUGAAAAAAGAAAAGAAAGCUAGCAGUUGGGUGUGGUCCCGUGGUAGAAGAACUACUUAGUGUGGCUGGGCUCGGUGUCAGACUCCAGAGCCAGCCUCAUCCCGCUUUGGGAACCUUUACGAUAACUGCCGCUAAACAGACCUCCACCGUGGCAACUGGAUUUUCUCACCGGUGUCAUUUGGCCUCGCGGCUUUGAACUUCAAGACUGAUUCAUGUAGGCUUAUGUAAUUGUGUGCAGUGAACCUGAAAUCCUGAGGAAUAAAAGACCAACGCUUGGCUGGGGGUGUGUGUGCUAAUCCAACCUGUAAGGAGCACUUUGCUUCUUACAAACUGCUUCUGCUUGACUCCUUUCCCCCUGCAAAGGCUUGUGUUCCAAGGUGAUCAACACAAGAGAAUGCCAGGCUCCGUCAGGCAGGGCAGUGAACUCCAGCCCAGGCUCACAUUCUAGUGACCACAUCAGUGGGGAGGUGAUGGCUCAAAGCAGAGGGGGUGUUAGCUGGAAAGGGGCCCAAAGCCCCAAACACCAGCCUGCCUGUGCUUCUGGUGAGGAGCACACGGCUCACACUGGACAGACGACAGCCGAGGCUGAGGAGAGAGCCUCAAGAGCUGUACCAUGGCCCAAGGCUAAGAUGAUGGUCUGAGACAAGUUGAGGUUUGGGGGAGAAACAUUUGCACCCCUCUCCUUUGCUAACUAUUUCUAGAAACUUCCAGAUAAAGACAUUUUAUCAUUUUAUCUGUGGCAUAUGAUGAUCUUCCAAAAUCUGUUGUCCACGCAAAAACAUCUUGGCAAGGAUUGUUUUUUGUGUGUUUGUUUGGUAUCAGGGCUGAGCGUGUGGAAGAUGAGGAAGCUGGCCAAAUUUCAAGAACACUCAAGAAAUACCAGCUCCUAUAAAACCAAGUAACCAGUAAACCUCAAAACAAAACCCAUAUUUUAUUUGAAGCUUUGUAACAUGGAGAACUUGAGGAUCAGAGAUACAUUUCUGAGAAAGAAAUACGGCCAGUGACCAAAGGAGUUUGAAUAUCCCACAGCAGCAAGACCUGUCUGAGGGGAGGGAGGAGGGAGGAGGCUGCCCUGAGCCCACUCCCCCAGCACUGCCUGUUGUGAAGUUUUUACUUGGGUUCUUUUCUGUCAAGCCUGGCUUCUGCCAGAUGAGAGAUCAUUGGUAAGAAUAAGCUCACAUUCAUUCUUUCAGACUAACUGAAAGUGUUCACUGAGUCUUGGCAUACACCUCCUUUCCCUCCUGUUCCCAUUAAGCUGAGCACGGAGGUUCCUAACUGUGAACUUUCAGAAAAAGCCUUCAUCUCCAGACUGCUGGCUUCUGGGGUUUCUCUUGGUGUCCUUCAUUUCCCUCUUAGUAGUGUGGAGUCUUUUUUCUUCUGUUAUAACCUGCCUAUUAGGAAUGGUACACGGCUCGUCUCAACCGUUGGUUCUGAACUAAUAAACAGACAUGUGUAGGCAUCUUAACAUGAUCUGAUGAGGCCUUGGUGGGGAACCAUGGGCUUGUAACCUCUUUUUAAAAUUUUUUAAAUGCACCUGGCUUAGUCCUUAUUUAAAUAAAGCAGUGUUAGAAGAAA